GAUUGCAUUGUUAAUUGAGAUAGCAUACAGUGUAUACUCCACAUUGGAAGAGAACGUGAUGGCAAAUUGACGGAUAACAGGUGCGCAUGCGUAAUUUGAUUGACGUCAUCCUGUUUGAGUUGAAGGACGCAGAAAAAGGAUCACUUGCACUAAUCGUGUUCAUUCGUUUUUGUUGUUCUCUGGGUAAGAAAACUAUAAUUAUAAGAAGCAAACGUGACAAUGAAGUUUGGAGUACUUUUGUUUCUUCUUGGUGUUACACAAGAUGUAUCAUCGAACCCUAUUAUACCUAUACCAGGAGCAGGACGAGACUGUUCCAUUUCAAAGGCGCCCCAGUGCUUUUAUCAACUCGAGGAGGUUGGCUGUUAUAAGGACAAACUUCACAAUAGGGCGUUACCAAAUCUUAUCCUGACAGCCAGAGAUCCCUCGUCAGUAUCAAUUUACUUUGGACAGUCCAUUGAUUGGGAAGACUGGUCAAGCUUCAUUGACAGGUUUACAUGCGCAUGUGCAGAGAGAGCAAAGCAACUCCACUAUGACUAUUUUGGAAUCGAGUACUAUGGGGAGUGCUGGGCUGGAAUGAAUAAAGGUUAUAAAGCCCACGGCCAGUCGGAAAAUUGUAAAAUGAUCAAAGAAGAUGAGUGCACUUUUGAAGCUUGCAAUGAAAAGUUCAAUGGUCCCAGGAAAUGCGUUGGAGGCCCACUGGCUCUGUAUGUUUACAAAGUCAAUCAAAAACCAGCGCCACCUCCGCCACUACCAACGACAAAAGCACCGCCACCCCCCCCCCCAUCAACGACAAAGGCACCCCCACCCCCACCCCCACCGCCAGCAACUCCUCCGAAGGGUCCCCAGUAGAGGACGAGGAGAGAGGGUAGAUUGUGUCGUUCAUGAUAACUGUAUGUGCUUCUAUGACUGAGAUGAAUAAAAACAUGCAGUUGAAACCAAACUAUCUCUGUCUUUACUUUAAAAAAAUUAGUAAUAUCUAACGUAUUCUGAAUUUCAUCGCAGUUUUAUUGAAAACUUUUAUUUUUCGCAUAAUGGUUGAUAAAAAGCA